AUGCCCAUAAACCCACCCAACCCCUCAGCAGCCAGCGCAUUCAAGUCAGACCUCGAAGACCGCCACCUAAUAUACGACUAUAGCGUCCAAUCCUCCACAGACUCGUCCAAGGACACCGAGAAAUGGCGCUACGAGAUGUGGUUUCACUCCGACUCACGCAUCGUCUACGCCAUCCACGGUGGCCCCAUGGCCGGCCGCAAGAACUUCCAAGCAGCCACAUACCAAUGCAUUCGGCCGGGCGAGCUCUGGCAGGUGAAUUGGCUCGAGGAGACGGGAACGAUAUGCAGUCUCGUGUAUGAUAUCCCAAGGGGGAAGAUCACGACCUUGCUGGGGUUUUCGAAGGGGCAUUGGGAGAGGAGUGAGGAGGCCAAGGGUGAUAAGAGGAAUAAGGCUGAUUUAGAGAGGUGGAGGGAGCUGGCCAAAGUCGGGGAUCAGAGGGAGAGGGUGUUGUUGAGUGAGCAGGGGGAUAUCGUGGAGGAUUUCCGGGGGAGAGGGGAGUUGCAGGAGAUUGACGUUGGCUGGAAGACGAUGUGA